GCGCUGGGCGGUGACGCCGCGAGGGCCGGCGCGGGGCGCUGAUUCGGCCGAAGGGCCAGCGGGGUGGCUACCGCCGCGGGUUGUUACUAAAGCAGCGGCCCCCGCCCCCGGGCACCUCUCGCGGGCCCUCGAGGGCCCUGGACCCCCGGCUCCGCACGAGCAGCGGCAGGAGGGGGCAGCAGGAUGAACGUGGGCACGGCACACAGCGAGGUGAACCCUAACACACGGGUGAUGAACAGCCGCGGCAUCUGGCUCUCCUACGUGCUGGCCAUCGGCCUUCUCCACGUCGUGCUGCUCAGCAUCCCCUUCGUGAGCGUCCCUGUCGUCUGGACCCUCACCAACCUCAUCCACAACAUGGGCAUGUACAUCUUUCUACACACGGUGAAGGGGACGCCCUUCGAGACCCCGGACCAGGGCAAGGCAAGAUUGCUAACCCACUGGGAGCAGAUGGACUACGGGGUUCAGUUCACAGCGUCUCGGAAGUUCUUGACCAUCACACCCAUUGUGCUGUACUUUCUCACCAGCUUCUAUACCAAGUACGACCAGAUCCAUUUCAUCCUGAACACUGUGUCUUUGAUGAGCGUGCUCAUCCCCAAGCUGCCCCAGCUCCAUGGAGUCCGGAUUUUUGGAAUCAAUAAGUACUGAGGACACAGCCUCUUUCCCUGUCCAGAUGGCAGGAGCGGAGUAGAGCCUGUGCUGUGUUGCUGAAGACAGAGGAGCCUCUGGAUACGGCCAGAGAUGGGGGUUGAGCCUCUGGGCCCUAAUUUCCCCCCCUCACUUCCCCCAGUAGCCGACUUGAAGUAGCUUGUAGCGGGGUUGGGGUGGGACCCCCCCCCCCUCAUCCCCCGGACUCUGACCCUUCUGAUUUUUAAAAAAUAUUUUUCUUUUGCCUUUUGGAUAGAGACUCUGAGGGGGUGGUCAUGGCAUGAGCUGGGCUCCAGGCUGCGCACAGACCUGUGAGCUUGGGACAAGAGACCAGGGAAACCCCCUGCUCACUUGCUCAUUCUCAGACCGCUGAAGCACUUUAACCCCCAUGAGGGUACGGUACAGCUUCUAGAUUGUUUCACUUUAGUUCUCAAGUUUUUAGGAUGACUCGCAGUGUGUGCUUGUAUUUAUGAAAGCCAGUGGGUGAUGGUACCUAAUCCCUCUGGUCGAGUGCGUCUAAUCAAAGCCUCAUGCUUUUGUCAGCUCCCCUGCAACCCACCCUGGGUAGUGGGUGGGAGUGGGGAGGGUGAGGAGAGAGAUGGCGGGGCUGGGCAGGGACAGCCUGGUCCCAGAGGUGAGGGGGCCAGGGCUGCUGCCAUCCUGCCCUGGUGGAGGCGGGGCGGGGUAGGAGAAGGGGUGGGCAUGGUGAGUUGAGAUUCAGAAAAAGGGGGUCACUUAGCAUCAGAGAUUGGUGGGAGGGAGGAAGAAGGGAGGGGACAGAAGCUAGACAACGUCAUUUGGGAAGUGGUCAGGGGGGUAAUAGGAAGGGAUACUGCUGUGGGUUUGAAGCUCCUGGGUUAGUGUGAUGGGGUGGACAUGGGUGUAAGAGGCUUAUAAGUCGUUAUAAGCACAGGUCUGGUUUGACACUGCCUUCUGCAGUAUUGUGAGGGGUGCGGGGAAAUGGACAGACAUGAUGAAUGGUGCGGUCCUUCACCUCACAGCCUCUCUGUGUAGACGUGCGCUGGGGCAGGGCCUCUCGUGUGACAUGCACAUGUGGGGCUAUUGAGGCCACCCCGGAGGGGUCAGUGGGCUGCAGAGUCCUGCCUGGGCCCUGCUGGUGCAGGGCAGGGAAGGAGCGAGGAGUGGCAGGCGCUGUCUCCUCACCCUGAGGGGAAGAGAGGUGGGCAGGAGCCUGAGUGUGGCUGGGAGGAGCCGCCUUCUCCCUCCCCAAUCUCACUAGGGUCUGUGUUACUUUUGAAAAGGUGUGGGCGCCCAUUCCCCCUCCCAGGGCCCUGAGGGAUGAGGGGAGGUCAUUGGCUCUGUUUUCUGCCUCUUGGUCCCCCACCCCCCACCCCAUGUAUCAUAGGGACUUUCACCUCAAAAUCUUUCUAAGCAAAGUGUGAAUAGGAUUUUUACUCCCUUUGUACAGUAUUCUGAGAAACACAAAUAAAGGACAAUGUGUUCCUGA